AUGUUUUUUAAUACUUUCGUUCUCGCUGUGACCCUGGUGGCUACUGCGGCCGCGCAGGUGCAGUUUCUCGGAGUGGCCAUUGCAGGCGGUGAUUUCGGUUGCCAGAUCGACGGGUCUUGCCCGACGGGCUCGACCCAGCUGCCCCUCGGCAGCAACGGCGGAGGCGGUGAUGGGCCUGGGCAGAUGCAGCACUGGACGUCCCUCUCCAAGCCUCUGAACCUGUUUCGGCUACCCGUUUCGUGGCAAUUCCUCGCCAACAACCAGCUUACCGGAAAUCUCGACUCCAACAACCUCGGGAAGUACGACAAGCUCGUUCAGUCGUGCCUUAGCACCGGGGCACACUGCAUGAUUGAUAUCCACAACUUUGCGCGAUGGAACGGCGGCAUCAUCGGCCAGGGCGGGCCGACUGAUGACCAGUUUGUCGCGCUGUGGACGCAGCUUGCGACCAAGUAUGCGGACCAGGACCGGAUGGUCUUCGAGCUUAUGAAUGAGCCGCACGACUUGGACAUCAAUCUCUGGGCAGCGACUUGUCAGAAGGUCGUGACGGCAAUCAGGGGCGCCGGUGCAACUAGCCAGAUGAUUCUUCUUCCUGGUACGAACUUUGACAGUGCCGCGACGCUGGUGUCAAGUGGAAGCACUGCGGCUUUGAUGAAUAUUACGAAUCCGGAUGGGACGACGGAUAAUCUUCUGUUAGAUAUCCACAAGUAUCUGGAUGAAGAUAACUCUGGGACGCACAAGACAUGCACCACGGACAACGUAGAUGCUUUCACCACAGUUGCGGACUUUCUGAGGCAGACAGGACGGAAGGGCAUCGUGAGCGAGACUGGUGCAUCCAGUGAUUCCACAUGCUUCACAGAUUUCUGUUCGCAAAACAGCUUCAUCAACCAGAAUUCAGACGUCUUCAUGGGACUUGUCGGCUGGGGAGCCGGCAGCUUCGACACGAGCUACAUCCUCAGCCUCACGCCGUCUAAGCAAAACAACCAGCUCGUCGACAACCAACUCAUGCAGCAGUGCGUUAUAGCGAAGUGGGUCGCCACCGCCGGCAGCGCUACCUCAGCAGCGGCCGCCCCUCCCGCCUCAGCGUCCCAGGUGACGGUGACGAGCAGGCCGAUCGUGAUGACGACGGUCAGCCCGACCCAAGCCCCGGCAACAGGUGUGCCCACAUCUCUCGGAGACACGACUUACACCAUGACUAUGUCGAUGGUCACCGGGACGGCGGGUGGUGACGGGGAAGGCGAGGGCCUGCUCACUGCGUCGGGAAGCCCGACUCCAGUAUCGACUCAGCAGCCUUCGAGUGAGGUUGGUGGUCUCGAGACGGCUUCUGGAAGCCCCAAUGCAACGGGAAAGAUCAGUUCGCCUUCGGGGUCGGGUGUUGUGACCGCUUCGGGGGCUGAGGAGUCUGCACGGUCGUCUGUUUGGAUGACAAUGUUGGUGAUGACUGUUGGUUUGGUCUUCACUUGCAACUUGUGUUUUUAG